GAAACUAACCAUCUAUCAGACUGCGUCUGGCCUAAUCUCUGAUUCACUGGGACUGUCAGUGACCUGUUUUCGCUCAAGUGACACUGUGGAAGUUUUCGUCUAUAUUUUUUUAACUAAAACAAAAGGGUGUGAAUCUCGACAGAGUAAAUGGUUAGCUGUGGUACGUUAGCAAUGAAUCAAGAGUAUAUUGAAAUUUCGACUAAACAAGGCAAGUUGAGAGGCCUUGUUAAAAAGUCAACUGGGCUUCAUAACAAAACUUAUUAUUCUUUUCAAGGCAUUCCUUAUGGGAAACCUCCCAUAAAAAAAUUAAGAUUCAAACCUCCUGAACCGUUUGGAAAGUGGGAAGGAGUACGAGAUGCUUUAAAGGAGGGAAAUGACUCCAUUCAACAUCACAUGCUGUUUAACCACCCAGUCGGUGAUGAGGACUGUCUAUACCUCAAUGUCUACACCACCCAGCCUGAAGAAGGAGCUAAGAAGGCUGUGAUGGUAUGGAUACAUGGUGGAGGAUUUGCUGGUGGCUCUGGCUCAUCUGAACUCUACGGACCAGAUUACUUAGUUGAAGAAGAUAUUGUACUAGUAUCCAUCAACUAUCGAUGUGGAGUAUUAGGAUUCCUAUCUUUUGAAAACGAGAAAUUGCCUGGAAACCUGGGCCUUAAGGAUCAAGUGUUGGCACUACAUUGGGUGCACGAUAACAUUGACAGUUUCGGUGGAGACCCUGACAAUGUAACAAUAUUUGGAGAGAGUGCUGGUGCAGCUUCUGUCAACUACCACCUGCUGUCACCACUCUCUAGAGGAUUAUUUCACAAAGCCAUACUGCAAAGUGGCUGCUCACUUAGUCAGUGGGCUUUUCAGGACAAUCCAAGAGAGAAAGCCCUGCUGCUGGCCAGAGACUUGGGUUGUACUUCCGAGGAUCCUGACACCGUUUUGGAAUUUCUCAUGGGUGUUCCUGCUAUGGAUCUUGUGACAAGUCAGGACAGUGACAAACUCCGCACAGAAAAGGAAAUGGUUCAAAGAGUUUCAGUCAUAUUUACACCUUGUGUGGAGAAAUAUGGAAAUGCACCGUUUCUGACUGACUGUCCUCGUAAGCUGAUGGAGAGAGGAGAGUUCGCCAAGGUGCCUGUAAUCAUAGGACUCACUGAUAAGGAAGGAAUGCUAGUUUUAGCAAUAAAACAGCCCCAUUUUGACCUUGUAAGUAACGACCUGUCAUUGUUGGUACCUCAAAAUUUGGCCACUACACUAGAAAAAGAAGAGGAGCUCAGACUGGGCAAGGAGAUUCUGAAGUUCUACACCAACACUGACUCUGUGUCCUGGGAUGUUGCACCUCAGUAUGUGGAUCUUAUAGGUGAUAUCCAUUUCACAAUUCCGCUGCAAGAGACCAGACAGUAUUUCCUGAAACAACAGACACCUGUCUACUCUUACCUGUUCACAUACACAAGCCCUCGAGCUCUCUCUUACUCAACACUACCAGUAGCAUUUCCUGACAGGGCUGAACAGUUUGUUGGUAGUGGCGCUGGUCAUGGUGAUGAGCUGUUUUACCUUUUCCAUACUAACAUAACGCAAAGUCCCGUUGUUCCACCAAGCGAUGAUGAUCAAAUAUUUAUGAGUAAAUUUUUGAAGGCAUGGGCCACUUUUGCAAAAACAAGCAACCCAAAUUGUGAUAGACUUGGAGUGAGCUGGAAACCCGACAAUAUUGACGACUCCUCUUACUUAGCCCUGGGAAAGAUUAUCAAACCAUUAAAUGGAAUUUCGUUUCCGGAUAGAACAGAGUUCUGGAAGAGAAUUUAUGAAAAAUGUUCAUAUACAUACCGACGGUUGGGUUAUUCAACGAUCGAUGUAGACAUAUCUCAGCCACGGCCUUCACUCACGAAACUAAUAGUAGAAUGUAGCGGCAAACCGGCUUUAUCCAGUCAGCCAGCACCCACUCCCACUCCGAGACAGUGUUGUCAGCUGUUAACCUACACAAUUAUUGUAGUUAUAAUGGAUGCAGAGUUCUUUGAAUUGUUCACCAAACAAGGAAAACUUAAAGGUCUGGUCAAGAAAUCAGCCGGAGUGUCUCAGAAAAGAUACUACUCUUUCCAAGGAAUUCCAUACGCAAGACCUCCUGUUGGUGAAUUAAGAUUCAAACUCCCUGUUCCUUAUGGUGAGUGGGAGGAUGUCCGAGAUGCUACCAAAGAAGGCAAUGAUGCUAUACAGAAUCACAUGUUUUUUGGAACACCAAUUGGAGAUGAAGAUUGUCUUUAUCUGAAUGUUUACACAACCCAGACAGGAAAUGAAGGAGCCAGGAAGGCUGUGAUGGUCUGGAUCCAUGGUGGAGGCUUUGCAAGAGGAUCUGGCUCUACUGAGCUUUAUGGGUCUGACUUCUUCAUCGAGGAAGAUGUUGUAGUAGUAACGAUCAACUAUCGUUGUGGUGUUCUAGGAUUUUUGUCACUUGAGAAUGACAAGCUGCCUGGAAACUUGGGGCUCAAGGAUCAGGUUUUGGCACUAAAAUGGGUACAAGACAACAUUGACAGUUUUGGAGGAGACCCAAACAAUGUGACAAUAUUUGGGCAAAGUGCAGGAGGAGCCUCUGUUCACUACCAUCUGCUGUCUCCACUGUCUAAAGGGUUAUUUCACAAAGCUAUUCUGCAAAGUGGAACCUCACUUUCCCAAUGGGCUUUCCAGGACAAACCCAAAGAGAAAGCCCUGAUGUUUGCCAAAGAGCUGGGCUGCACUUCCCAGGAUCCUGACACUGUCCUGGAGUUCCUUAUGUCUGUCCCUGCCUCUGAGCUUGUGACUGCACAAAACAAGGAGACCUUAAGAACCGAAAAGGAGAGAAUUCAUAAAUUGUCUAUAAUAUUCACACCUUGUGUUGAAGAAGCAGGGGAUACUUCUUUUUUGACUGACUCACCAAAGAAAUUGAUGGAAAAUGGAAAUUUUGCUAAGGUACCAAUUAUUAUGGGUAUAACCAACAAAGAAGGAUUGUUCUGUGUGUCUCAUAAUUUAAUACCAACUUGUGACACCAUGUCUAUGUUUGUACCAUGUGACCUCCCCAUCACAUCAGACAGUGAGGAGGAGCUCAAACUUGGAAGGGAGAUUCUACAAUUCUAUGCAAAUACAGACCAUUUCUCCUGGGAAAUUGUAAAUCAGUAUAUUGAUUUCAUAACUGAUGUAGGAUUUGCGAUGGGCCUGGACAACACUAGACAAUAUUUCCUGCAACAUGGGUCCUCCAUAUACAACUACCUGUUUACUUACACCAGUCCUCGAGCCUUUUCCUCCUUUCUGAUACCUAAGGCAUUUCCUGACAAAGCUGAACAGUUUGUUGGUACUGGCGCAAGUCAUGGAGAUGAUUUGGCUUUCCUGUUCAAGACAAACAUUCUUCAAGUUCCCUACACUCCUCCGACUAUUGAAGAUCAAACAUUUAUGAACAAACUAUUGAAAACUUGGACAACUUUUGCUAAAACUGGCAACCCAAACUGUGAGGAGCUUGGAGUGACCUGGACACCAGACAGUGACCAUAACCCUUGUUAUUUGGAAAUUGGUAAAACUUGGAAACAGGUUCAUAAAGUCUUGCUUGCAGAAAGGAUGGAAUUUUGGAAGAACAUUUAUGUUAAAUAUUCAUUACCUAAGUAAGAAAGUGCUAGUUUGUAACAACAUUCUAUUUUAUAACAAAUUAAUGAAAUAAACUACAUAUCAAUUUUAUUUAGUUUCUUGUUUAGUUUGUUUUGCUUAAUAAGGUACUGCUGAAAAAAGUGAAGUUAGUUUGAAAUAAUACAGUACACAAAGAGAGAAUAAACUGUUUAACAUACAUUGUUGGAUUAAAAAUCUUUUGUAUUCAAUACUGACUUGGUGACACAACUUAAUAUUGUAUAUCAAUAAAAUGUUUGUUAUUGUUAGUA